UUCUAUCCAAAUGUGAACUGAAAACACUCUCUAAACCCAUAAGAUAAUCGUGCUAAGUCAAACUCUUUCUCUCUCAUGUGCAUAAUAACAUAUGAUCGAUUCAAACCCUCACUAUAAUUAGAAAACCCAUCCAAGAACUAGAGAUAGAGAUAGGUGUUAGUUGAGAGAGAAGGGUAUAAAAUUGGUGAAGUUGAAGAGAGAUAUCUUGAUUGAUGGCCCAACCAAAAUACACCACCACGACCACCACCGCCAACGGCGGUGGUAACAGUAAUAUUAUUAUUGUGAAUCAGAAGAAUAUUGAAGAAAAAAGGUACCUGGGUAUUGCAAUCCACAGCCAAGUCAGAAGAAUCAAGCAAGAAAUUGAAGAGACAGAGCACACUUCUCCUUAUCAACAGUCGCCUGAGAUAUGCUGGCCGACCGGAAUCACAGGCAGCCGGAGACAUCAGCAACAGCGGUCACCAUCACCUUUAGGACUAGCCACCAGGCCUAUAACAGGAAACCUCGAUUUAAUAUCCAGGCCAAAAAAAGAAUCAAGAUAGGAAAUUUUAAAAUCAAAACCUCUUGUAAGGAAUUGGGCUCAACACAGACUCUUUCAGUUCUCUAAAACCGCGAUGUACAGCUUUUGUUUGGUUAACGCC